GCAGAUAUUUCUGAUGAUUAUGGAGAAUGUUUUGUGGCUUUUGUUUACAUAGUCAAGACAUAUGGGUUUCCUCUUUCUAUGCUCAUGUGUUUGAUGUUUGAUAUAAAUAGUUCACUAGGAAAUGUACGGAUAAGCCCUACCAACAUGACAGUCUCAACUUAGAUUAGUUGCCUAUAUGAAUUAUGUUUUGCUUCAGAGGUAAACUCUAAGGUCAAACUUCUCACCUACAUCUGUUACACCUGGAGCCAUAUUCCUCAAGACUACACACGCUAAGAUGGAGCUGGGCUGGUGUACAAAGACCUUCAGGUGCCUCUUCAUCUUCUUCAAUGUCAUAUUUGCUAUUGUCGGAAUAGCCACAAUAGGACUUGGCAUUUUUCUCAAAGUGAACCCCUUUAUUACUUACAUCACUCAAAUUAAGCUGGAUGGAAGUAGUACAUUUCUCGCCAACAGCGCCUUGAUCAUCAUUGGCAUUGGGGCCCUUGUGGUCUUUGUUGGCUUCUGUGGCUGUGUCGGAGCUGCUGCCAGGAACAAGUAUUUGCUAGGAAUGUACAUCGCCUUGUCCCUGACCAUCCCCAUCGUAAUACUGGUGUUCAUCAUAUCGGCAGCCAAGUACUUUGAUCUGGGAAAGGAUAUAGACCAUUUCAGUAGCACCCUUAAAAACCGAUUGCAGAACAAGAACAGCGAGAAUGCUACCGAGUUCACCAAACCUUGGGACUAUGUUCAAAAACAGUUACAUUGCUGUGGCGUUUUCGAUUACAGAGAUUAUGAUGCGGUGUUUACUGGCAAUGAUAAGGGGAAAUUGCCAAUUAGUUGUUGUGUGUCAUCAGCUGAUACUGAUCUUCACGCAAGUUGGACCAGCAGCAGCAACUUCUGCCCGAAUCAGCUGAUGUAUUCUAAAGGAUGUUCCUCACAACUACGUGAUUAUCUACUCCUCUUUGCGAAGACAGGCUUUGUUGCUGACCCCGUUAUCGUUGUGUUGGCAAUCAUCGGAAUCAUCAUUGCCGCAUGUUUGUGCAGAAGAAAUGCUGAAAAGGAACAGUAUUCUACAUUAUAAUAUGUGAUAUGCUACCGAUCAGUGUCGAAUAAACAAGUGCAC